GCGCUGCUGGCGUGGAAGGCCACCCUGACCAACGCGACCGCGCUGUCCGGAUGGACCCGGCCCGCCGCGGCGGCGGCGUGCAGCUGGAGCGGCGUGACCUGCGACGCCGCCGGGGCCCGCGUCGUGGGGCUGCGGCUCCGGAAGCUGGGGCUCGGCGGCGGCCUCGACACGCUCGACUUCGCGGCGCUCCCGGCGCUGGCCGUGCUCGACCUCAACGGGAACAACUUCACCGGCGGCAUCCCAGCCAGCAUCUCGCGGCUUCGCUCGCUCACCUUGCUCGACCUCGGCAACAACGGGCUCAGUGGCUCCAUCCCGCCGCAGUUGGGCGAGCUCUCCGGCCUAGUGGAGCUCCACCUCUACAACAACAACCUCGCCGGCGCCAUCCCGCACCAGCUCAGCCGGCUCCCCAAGAUUGUCCAUUUCGACCUGGGGUCCAACUUCCUGACCAACCCGGACUACGCCAAGUUCUCGCCGAUGCCCACCGUGACGUUCAUGUCGCUCUACCUCAACAACCUCAUCGGCAGCUUCCCGGAGUUCGUCCUCAACAGCGGCAACAUCACCUACCUCGACCUGUCGCAGAACAAUUUCUCCGGCCCAGUACCGGACACGCUGCCGGAGAAGCUCCCGAACCUGAGGUACCUCAACCUGUCCACCAACCCGCUCUUCGGCGGGAUUCCAGCGUUCCUCGCGAGGUUGACGAACCUCCAUGACCUGCGGAUGGCCAACAACAAUCUGACCGGUGGCAUCCCGGAGUUCCUUGGAUCAAUGCCGCAGUUGAGGGUUCUUGACCUCGGUGACAACAAGCUCGGCGGGCCGAUCCCGCCGGUACUUGGCCAGCUCCAGAUGCUGCGGUAUCUGGACAUCAAGAACUCCGGCCUUGUUUCAACUCUGCCGCCGCAGCUGGGGAAUCUUAAGAAUCUCACUUUCCUUGAGCUCUCCACGAACCAUCUCUCCGGUGGCUUGCCGCCGGAGUUCGCCGGGAUGCGGGCAAUGCGGGAGUUCGGCAUUUCCACGAACAACCUCACCGGCGAGAUUCCGCCGGGGUUGUUCCCGAGCUGGCCUGAGCUCAUUUCCUUCCAGGUGCAGAACAACUCGCUGGCCGGAAACAUUCCGCCGGAGCUCGGCAAGGCGAGGAAACUGGGCGUCCUGUACCUAUACACCAACAAGCUUAACGGCUCCAUCCCCGCGGAGCUCGGCGAGUUGGGGAAUCUGACAGAGCUGGAUCUGUCGGAUAACUCGCUCACCGGACCGAUCCCCAGCUCGCUCGGCAAGCUCAAGCAGCUCACGAGGUUGUCGCUGUUCUUCAACAAGCUCACCGGCGUGAUCCCGCCGGCGAUCGGCAACAUGACGGCGUUGCAAAGCUUCGACGUCAACACCAACCGUCUGGAAGGCGAGCUGCCCGCCACCAUCUCGGCCCUCAGGAACCUCGUGUCCCUCUCCGUGUUCGACAACAAAAUGAACGGCACCAUCCCGGCGGACCUCGGCAAGGGCCUGGCCCUGCAAACCGUGAGCUUUGCCAACAACAGCUUCUCCGGCGAGCUGCCGCGGCACCUCUGCGACGGAUUCGCGCUGGAGCGUUUCACGGCGAACCGCAACAACUUCAGCGGCUCGCUGCCGCCGUGCCUGAAGAACUGCACGGCGCUGCUCCGCGUGCGGCUGGAGGGGAACCGCUUCACCGGCGACAUCUCGGAGGCCUUCGGCGUGCACCCUGCCUUGGACUACCUGGACGUCUCCGGGAGCAAGCUGACCGGCCGGCUGUCGUCUGACUGGGGAGGAUGCAUCAAACUCACACGCCUGUACUUGGACGGCAAUCGCAUAUCCGGCGGCAUUCCGGUCGCAUUUGGGAGCAUGGCAAGCUUGAAGGAUCUCAAUUUGGCUGGAAAUGAUCUGACAGGAAGCAUUCCUCCUGUGUUGGGAAAUCUCAGCCUCUUCAGUCUCAACCUGAGCCAUAACUCCUUUUCCGGGCCAAUUCCGGCAAGUUUGAGCACCAAUUCUACGCUUCAGCGAGUCGAUUUGUCCGGAAAUCUUCUUAGCGGGACGAUACCGGCCGCCAUUGGUAAGCUUGGUGCUCUGACAUUGCUUGAUCUGAGCAAGAACAGGUUAUCAGGGCAGAUACCAAAUGAGCUUGGUAAUCUGGUUCAGCUACAGAUGCUGCUUGAUUUGAGCAGCAAUUCUUUGUCAGGCACCAUCCCUUCGAAUCUCGGGAGUUUGAUAACCCUGCAGAGACUGAACUUGUCGCACAAUGCGCUCACUGGAUCGAUCCCGGCAGGGUUUUCUGGCAUGUCAAGCCUAGAAGCUGUUGAUUUCUCUUAUAACCAACUCACUGGCAGUAUACCAUCAGGGAUUGCUUUCCAGAAUGCUUCGGCUAAUGCGUACAUUGGGAAUUUGGGGCUCUGUGGUGAUGUGCAAGGCCUAACUCCUUGUGGCUUCAGUUCUACCAGUUCAUCUUCAGGGCAUCACAAGAGAGUAGUCAUUGCAACCGUUGUGUCAGUAGUUGGAGUGGUGUUACUAUUAGCCAUUGCCACUUGCUUCAUACUGCUAUGCAGAAGGAGGCCUAGAGAGAAGAAAGAGGUGGAAUCUAACACCAUUGAUUCAUAUGAGUCCACAAUCUGGGAAAAGGAAGGCAAGUUCACAUUCUUUGACAUUGUGAACGCCACCGACAACUUCAACGAAACCUUCUGCGUCGGGAAAGGAGGAUUCGGAAGCGUCUACAGGGCUGAGCUCCCCAGUGGGCAGGUUGUGGCCGUGAAGCGUUUCCAUGUCGCCGACACGGGUGACAUACCGGACGCGAACAAGAAGAGCUUUGAGAAUGAGAUCAAGGCGCUGACGGAGGUCCGCCACCGCAACAUUGUCAAGCUCCAUGGCUUCUGCACCAGUGGUGACUACAUGUACCUGGUGUAUGAGUACCUGGAAAGGGGGAGCUUGGGCAAGACAUUGUAUGGGGAGGAAGGGAAGAAGAAGAUGGAUUGGGGCAUGAGGGUGAAGGUGGUCCAGGGGCUGGCUCAUGCUCUGUCCUACUUGCAUCAUGACUGCAACCCUGUCAUCGUUCAUCGUGAUAUCACCGUGAACAAUAUCCUGCUUGAGUCAGACUUCGAGCCACGCCUGUCUGAUUUUGGCACAGCAAAGUUGCUCAGCUCUGCGUCGACAAACUGGACUUCGGUGGCAGGAUCAUAUGGAUAUAUGGCUCCAGAAUUGGCCUACACAAUGAGGGUUACGGAGAAGUGCGAUGUUUACAGCUUUGGCGUGGUUGCGCUGGAGGUCAUGAUGGGAAAGCACCCUGGUGACCUCUUAACAUCCCUGCCUGCUAUCUCAUCAUCACAAGAAGAUGACCUACUGCUCAAGGACAUACUAGACCAGCGGUUGGAUGCUCCAGUAGGACAGCUUGCAGAAGAGGUUGUGUUCAUCGUGAGAAUCGCGCUUGGUUGCACAAGGGCAAACCCUGAAUCCAGGCCUUCCAUGAGAUCUGUAGCGCAGGAGAUAUCUGCACAUACUCAAGCCUACCUUUCUGAAACAUUCAAACUGAUCACAAUUAGCAAGCUAACAGACUACCAGAAGUGACAAAACUGUGUGUGCAGAAGAGAUGGAGGCGCCGGUCAGGGAGGGGAAGAUCACACCUAGAGACUUACUGAUUUGUAAGAUCCAUUGCCAGAUUAAUGCCAAGAGCAAGCUUAGGAUAGUGCAUUACUUUAGCUGGUGAUAAAAAAUAUAGUGAAAUUAUUUUGUACACUGAAUCACAAAAGUCUGUCUUUCAUCAACUUUGUAUAACGGUAUUUUUUGUUACUAUUCCUGUGGUAAUAUUAUUAUUUUUUCCCAUGGGAACAAUAAACUUGUAAAUAAGAUAGAAUAGAAAUGGUCAAAUUUGUGCCACUGCAACAUAAAUAUCUGAAAGAAAAUCGACACAUCUUUGAAAG